CCCGACGUAAGAAUCAAGGGCUUGAGAGCCGGCUCCAAACUGGUCGGACCAUUUCCCCAAUUUUAUUGGCUGGGAAAUGUAACGCGCUGAGGAAGGGCCCAUGGUUGGGUGCUUGAUCAGACUCCAACCGGGUCCGACUGACGCAACUUGAUCGCCCGUCUGCUCCAGCGGGUUCCAUAUCGGUUGCUCUUGAUUAGCUACCAGAAUGUCACAUCCUCACAGCUUGGUUAAAGUCUCUGCUUGUCCAUGAUCCCUGCAUGUCAAUCCCCUGAGAUCUCCACCGGGACUUUGUCCCGCGUCCAGUUCUUUUCUUCGCUGUGCUCCAGUCUUUCUUCUUUGCGUCUUCACACGUGUGACAUACGGUUUACCUUCCUGGCAUCCAAUUCAAUCGCAAUGUGGCGCGAUGGCUUCUGAAAUAGAUCGUGCGCAACGAUAAGUAAUUGGCCGCAUAAUGGUCCCAUUCUCCGCCGAUACGGGGCUCAGGGUCUGUGUGGGGGUAUUCUUUUUAAGCUCCUUCUUCCUGGUAUCUUCUUACAAUGCCACAUAUGCCUUUGACCGCCCCGUCAGCACGGCUGUUCUGGUAUGUUUCCUCCUAGGAAUACUCUUGUUAGCGAUAGGUCGGUUUGUCCCAGUAGGGUCGCGACCUUCAUCGCCGAUAGGAAAACGAUUCAGCAUUCCUACCGACCACUUCGAACUCUCAUCGCGGAGCUCGUCUCCGUCCCCAAUCUUGGGCUCUCAGGGACCUCCGCCAACUUCAACCCGUUUCUGGCUGAAAGUUGGCCUGUUUUUAUGGCUUCUAAGUCUUCGCGUCGAGUUAUUCCGCCGAGUUACCCUUCACAAUGAGUGUUCUCCUGCCGGAUAUGCUUAUGCGAUUCCAUUCUUGAUUUCGCUAUAUGACUACUGGCGGCACCAGAAACCACGUUCAAGAGCAGGCUACUCUCCGUUGCAACCGUCACAAAAUCUGUCUUCCAAUGUAGCCUUGUCUCUCUGUCGGCGAGGCUUGCACAACCUUACGCAGAGCCAAUUCAGGGGAGUUUUUGCAGCGGCACUGAUCUCGAUAAGCGGCUAUGCGGCUUCGUCACUUCUCGCAGGCAGUCAGUCCACGUAUAUCUGCCCAAUUGUUCUCAGCGGCGCAGCACGUCUACGGGCAAUGAAAGUUGCCAGCGUGGUGAUUGAUACAAUACUCCUCAUUGUGGUAGCGGAACUCUGCCGAAAUGGGACUGGGAAUGAAGUUUGUCGAAAAAAGCAAACGUUGGUCUCUAUUGGGGCUGGUCUUAUGCUCGUCGCUGUGAUCUGGAUUAUCAUUGGGCAUUUCGUCCGGAAUAGCCGCCCUGAACAUAGUGGUCAGCCGUUUUUGGAGGCAAAGUAUUCGCGCAGUGCUUUUGGUCAAGCGAUUUUGGUCAUUAUAUUUGUGUUAUCAAGCUGGCAAUUGCUAGCGCACUUUGGGAUUCUCGGGCUAUCCAUCUUUGGGGGAUUUGUCUUCGUGUUCUUCCCGGCCUUGUCGACUCUUCUCUUCGAGCAGAUGCCAUUCCCUUACAUCUCCCAAGCCCAUGCCGCCAUUCCUGUCAUUGCAUCUUCGACGGGCGCAAUUUUGUUUCUUCUCUCGAGGAUAUUGUCAGACGAAGAAUCAAAGCCUUUGUAUCAUACCAACAUUGUGCUACAGAUCCUAUUCUUUCUCAUUGGUGGGGUUGGCCUAGCCUUUGCCAUGACCAAGCAUCAUUUCUCCCACACCCACCCGAUUGAUCUCCUCAUUCACAAGGCCACUCUUCACUAUGACAACUAUCUUCUGCAAGCGAGCGCCAGCAAGAGCCUGACUGAAGCUGCCCAAGAGUAUCGGAAGAGGUAUCGCCAGCACCCGCCACCUGGAUUCGACAAGUGGUUUGAAUAUGCCACAAACCAUUCUUCAGUAAUCAUCGAUGAAUUCGACCAAAUUCAUGAAAAUCUUCUCCCAUUCAGAGCCAUCAGCCCUGCGGAGAUCCGUGACAUGACACAUCAGUUAGCAACAAACCCCUUCAAUGAUCUUGGAGCUAUCAGCAUUCGCAUGGGCCAGGUCAAGGUUCAAGAGGGAACCAAACCAACUCAUGCGUGGAUGAUCAAGGGAGCGGCUGAAAUGAUCGAAAAAUUUGCUCAACAUCUGCCAGAUAUGGACCUUGUUUUCAAUUUGAAUGAUGAGCCCCGAGUUGCGGUUCCUUGGGAGAAGAUGUUGCUGUUGAAACAGGCGGCGUGGGCAAAUGAACCUCUCCCUCGAGAAGAAUUAUUAGACCGGUGGUCGAAAGACAGACAUAUUGGCUGGGCUCCAGUUGAACCGGCUGACCAAACCAAUGCGACUCUCUUUACCGACGGUGCCUGGAGAGGGGUUUUUGAUCCCUAUGUCAGUGCGGUCUGCCCGCCCUCAUCCCGUGUGCGUACGCGACGUGUCUGGAACCGACAUGAUAUCUGCCUAAGCUGUGCAGCGCCGCAUACUAUGGGCCAAUUCCCAUUGGACUUCAAUCUCGCCACAGAAAUAUGCCAUCAACCCGAUCUCGCCUUUCUUCACGGCCUCUUGAUAUCGCCUGCAUCAUUCAAGGUGUCCCAGGAGUUGAUCCCGGUCUUUAGCCAAAGUGCGCUUACUGGAUUCAGCGACAUUCUCUUCCCUAGUCCUUGGAACUACAUGGACAAGAUUAAGUAUAAGCCAUCAAAGGAGCAUCCGGACCCAGAGUAUUCGCAAAAAGACAACUCUUUGUAUUGGGUUGGCAGUACAUCCGAAGGCUACAGCCGCUUUAACGAGUGGAAGGGCAUGCCGCGGCAACGAUUCUCACACCUGAUCAACAACAACACCCAUAGCCAAGUCUCCGUGCUCUUACCCUCAGGCCAUGGCCUCUAUCAAUAUAAGAUCAUGGGUGGAUCUGCUCCGACCACAGAACUCGGCCUGCGCACGGAUGUGCACAUAGCCGACCCAAUUACUCGCUGUGGUGAUUGUGAUACGCAGCGUGAUGAAUUAGGAACCCGCUCCUGGGCUGACUUCCAGGCACAUUGGUCCCACCGGUUCUUGUUUGAUCUUGAUGGAGCAGGAUUUAGUGGCCGUUUCCUCCCAUUCCUUCAGAGUCAUAGUCUUCCUUUGAGAACCGGUCUCUUUCGGCAAUGGUUUGACUCGCGAGUCAUCUCUUGGCUGCACUUUGUGCCCGUCGACAUUCGUCUUCAUGGACUUUGGAGUACGUUGGCGUAUUUUGCUGGUGUUCCUAAUCCCAACGCCAAUGACCGUGACUCCAAAAACUCUCCAAUGCUCAUGGAUCCGCAUUCCAACGAAGGCUGGUGGAUCGCUGAGCAAGGGCGCAAGUGGAGCGAGAUCGCACUUCGCAAGGAGGAUAUGGAAAUUUAUUUCUUCCGGCUGUUACUCGAAUGGGGUCGUCUUACCGAUGACCAGAGGGAUGUGCUUGGGUACAAGUCGUGAGGGGAAUAGCACUCCGAAUUGUAUGUACUUAGAUUAAUUUUAGUAGAUAAGGCUUAUGAUUUCGAC